CUGCGUCUCCAGGGGUGGUGACGGUGAGCUUGUCGUCCAUGAUCGCCGAGCCCUGGAUUCGUUGACGACUAUUUCUCCCACCUAAUAAUACAUAAGUAGAUGCCCUCAGGCUGAACUUUCCCAGUGUCCGCAGCCGUCAUGCUUCUGCGACUCCUCCCAUCGCUCCUCGCGCUCCUCUUGGCUUUGAGAGCGUCAGCAUGGCCUCUGCGCCGCGACCUCCUCACCGCUCCAUCAUCCAGUGCGGGUGUAUUAAAGGAGGAGCGUCAUGAUCGAACACUGCAGGAAGACUAUUCCUCGGCGGCCAGGAGCGAGCUUUUUGGGACAUAUUCUGACAAGGGAUUUACGGGGCAACAACAUGACAGCUACCUGGCUCUGUCAAGCCAUUCUCAACCAUGGCACAACAUCGAGGUGGCGGAAGGUCCGGGAGAGGGCUACGUCUAAAAUGCCGAGGUUCUUUGUCUAGUUUUUUUUGUUGGGCUGGCUUCCAGAAGACGACGACAAUGAUUUAAAGACUCGGGCCGGUAACCCGUACCAGGUGGAUUUUCAGAGAAAGGCGCGGAGGCGGCGAAGAAUUUCCUCCGACAUAUCCUGUUGUUCAAAGGUGAUGUCGGGGAGACGGUAUUACGCGAAAUGGCCGUCUUUAGUCCUUCAAGCGUCAUUUUCGCAAACGGGCUUGGAAGAGGGACUAGACAGUUUUAGAACAAAUCGUGUCAUCUGCGCUUUUUAUUUGUCCUACAGAUACUUCACUUCGUACACUAGAAAUAUACCUUAAGAAUGCAC